UCCAAAUAAUUUAAAUAAAUUUAAUGCUGAUAUGAUAAAUUACAGUAAUUCAAAAUUAUGCAAUAUACUAAUGAGUAACGAGUUAGCGGAAAAAUUAAAAGGAACAAAUGUAAUAUCAAAUAGUUUACAUCCAGGUGCAAUUCGAACCCAAGUUUUACGAAAUAUUCAGUGGUAUGGAUGGCUUGUUAUGUGGUUACCUUAUACGUUCUUCUUCAAGGAUUGCAAGGAAGGAGCCCAAACAACAAUCCAUUGUGCCGUAUGUGAGAAGAUAGAAGGAGUUAGUGGUAAAUAUUUUCAAGAUUGUAGAGAAUAUUCGACAACUUCAGUAACCAUGAAUCAAGUUUUAAGGGAAAAAGUAUGGAAUGAAAGUGUAAAAUUGGUGAAUUUACAAAAAAAUGAAAUUCAUUACUAGUUGA